GGAACUCAUCAGGAUGGAUUGGAUACACAUAGGAAUAGUACUAUUCUGCAUACCUGGUAACUUAUUGGCACAACAAGGAUACAACUAUCCUGCUCCAGAUCGACCAUUCGCAGGAAAGCCAGGGCAACAAGGUUCUCAAGCAGAAAGGCCCACAACAAACCAAUUCUCUCAAGGAUCACAAGGACCCACAAAUGGAUAUCAACCAGGUUUCCCGUCAACCAACAGACCUACCACUGGAACCCAACAAAAUGGCUACCCCAGCAUAACACCAGUCUCAACUAGACCCCAAGGUCCCCAGUCGCCAAUGCAAAAUGGCUACCAAAACGGUGGACGUCCGGCAUCAAAUCCCUCAGGGCUAUAUGGAACACCAGCUAUUUCUCAACCCAGACCAGGACAAUCGGGAGGCCUUCAAGGCUAUCCUGGAACAUCCACUAGACCAGAACCCCCACAGAGUGGAUACCCUGGACCUGGAUUCCCUGCUAGACCAGUCCAAGGCAAGUUUCCAGGACAACAACAAGGCGCCCAAGGGUAUCCAGGUCCGUCAUUUCAAACUGAACAACCAGAACGACCUCAAGGCUACCCCGGACCUUCAGCUAAGCCACAAAGUUAUCCAGGUCCUUCCACUGAACAAGGUUUCUCAGGACAAACGAGUGGUCCCCAAGGGUAUCCUGGACCUUCCAACAGACCAGGGUCUCCUCAAGGUGGAUACCCAGGACCCUCAACAAGACCUGGAUCUUCUGCUGGACCUGCCCAAGGUACAUAUCCAGGACAACCACAAGGCCCAUCAGGUUAUCCAUCUCAACCAGGAAAGCCGGGAGGUUAUCAAGGCUACCCUGGACCGUCCGGUAGACCAGAGUCUUCUCAGGGUGGGCCAUCGCGUCAACCAGGCUCAAUUCAAGGUGAAUAUCCGGAACAACCAGGGUCUCUUGGACAAAGUGGUUUUCCAAGCACAGGAGGUUUUCCACAACAAGUACCAAAUGGUCAAGAUACGUCGGACGGGCAAUAUGAAGAAGGGGACUACUCAGCAAUUCCUGGAGAACCAGACAAGGAUUAUCCCAUUUUCUCGUAUAUCCCCGAGACAUCGUUCUCUUGUGACCAACAACAGUAUCCAGGCUACUACUCUGACGUCGAAACGAGAUGCCAAGUAUUCCAUAUAUGCGCCAACAACAAAACGUACGACUUUUUGUGUCCCAAUGGAACCGUUUUUCACCAAGAACACUUGGUGUGCGUCUGGUGGAAUCAAUUUGACUGCAAUUCAGCACCUUCCCUGUACGGAAUAAAUGCGAAUAUUUACGAUCGCUCCAUAACUGGCAGCCAGCAAGGUUUGGGUUUCCAAGGACAAACAGGUGGUUACCCUCAACGUGGUCCUGCUGGACCUGGUGGAAGUGUGACAGAUCAAGGGUCAAGUGGGGGGUAUCCCGGCGAUAACAGACCACAAGGUUCCGGAUUUCCGGGUCAAAAUGGACAGGAACAAACACCAACUGAAUCCCAGAGACCUGGAUACACCAAUGGGUAUCCAAGUACACAACCACAAGGUUCUGGUUACCCAUCGACCCCUGGAUAUCAGAGCACACCGAGACAACCGACUCAAAGCACUGGUGGAUAUCCUCAACAACCAGGAUAUCCAUCUGGAGGUUCAUCACAACAAACUAACGAAUAUCCUGGUGGAAGACCUCAAUUUCCAUCGAAUGGAAAUGGUUUCCAGCGGCCUGGUGGAUACUCUGGUGAGGAAGGUAGACCUCAGGGCCCCAAUGAGAAUGAGAGACCAGGUUAUGCGACUACAAUUCAGCCAUCUUCAGAGGGAUACCCGAGUGGUAAACCUGCCACUCCUUUUCCUGGAACCUCUACUAGGCCACAACAACCAACCAGAGAGUAUUUACCUCCGUUUUGAAUGAAUGUUCACUGUACCUACUCUUAGAUAUAAGUAAACCGGGUUUAUUUAAUUUUUGUACAUUUUCCACUGAGAAGAAUAAAUAAUUUAUCGAACUCAAACAUGUUUUGAAUGUAAGUCUCCAUUUGAAUCUUAUAUAAACUUCUGAUCGUGGAACAAAGCUUUGAAGAUGGUAUCGAUUGCUACCAUGUAGGCAGCAGUUCUGAUGUCAGUUCCUAAAUUGUGUGAGUUUGUUAUUUCAAGCAUUUCCUG